AUGAAUAAUAUAAUAUCUUGGAGUGCCGAAGACGAGGCUAUCAUUGCUACAAACACGGAUGCUACUGAAUGCAAGCGGUGUGCAGUUGAAUUGGGUUAUUGGAAAGAUGAAUACAUUUCAUACUUUGCUAAACAUGUCGAUCGAAAAGCUCCAGAAAUAAAUCGUGGAUAUUAUGCGAGAGUUCGAGCCAUGGAAAUGUUUAUUCAUCAAUUUUUAGAGAGAUGUGGUACUAAGUGUCAGAUCAUAAACCUGGGAUGUGGUUUUGAUACUCUGUAUUGGCGUCUCAAGGACACCACACAAGCCGUCAGCAACUUCAUAGAGUUGGACUUUCCAUCGGUAACAAGCAAGAAAUGUCACAUCAUCAAACGUAACAAGCAGCUACUGGAGAAGAUUUGCAAGGAAGAUGGCGAGGUUGUGAUCAGGUCCGGUGACCUCCACUCCGAUGGCUACCACCUGCUGGGCUGCGACCUGCGGUGUCUGGAGGAGGUCCGCCGCAAGCUCCAGGCGGCCGGCGCCACGGCCGAGGCGCCCGCGCUGCUGCUCGCAGAGUGCGUGCUGGUGUACCUGCGGCCCGAGGCGGCGCUGGCGCUGCUCCGCCACCUGGCCGCCGCCUUCCCGCGCUGCGUGCUGCUGCUGUACGAGCAGUGCAACCUGUCCGACCGCUUCGGCGAGGUGAUGCUGCGCAACCUGAGCGCGCGCGGCUGCCCGCUGGCCGGCGCCGAGCACUGCCGCGAGCCGGCGGCGCAGGCCGAGCGCCUCGUGUCGCUGGGCUUCGACGCGGCGCGCUCGUGGGACAUGGAGACCGUGUGGCGCUCCUUCCCCGAGGACGAGCGCUCGCGGGUGGACGCGCUCGAGAUGCUGGACGAGCGCGAGCUGCUGCUCCAGCUGAACACGCACUACGCGCUCACGGUGGCCACGCGCGGGGAGCUGUUCGCGGACCUCGACCUCGUCGGCUAG